UUGCGGAAGUACGUAAUCAAACAGGCACACGUGUAAACCCACGAUAAAGGCGUUCAGCUGGAUUUACACGCACUAAAAUCACAAUCAGCUGGUAAAAUAAAAGAGUUUACUGUACAUAACCGAAAAGUUCACGUGUCCAGAGAAAAACACUUUACUACAGAGAUGAGUAAACGAGAUGACGAGGGAUGCGGCCGAAGACGAAGGACAGAAGUCGGACAGAAAUCCGAGAACUGUAUGAACUCAGAUUCAGCUGUCAUUGCUGCUUUCAAAGUAUUCCAGCAAGAACUGGACACCAAGCAUGAUAAAUAUGAGCGUUUGGUGAAAAGCAGUCGAGAUAUCACUAUUGAGAGCAAACGGACCAUAUUCCUCCUGCACAGAGUGACCAGUGUUCCCGAUGUUGAGGAGAUCCUGAACGAGGCCGAUGUGAAGCUGGACAGCGUGAGGCAGAAGAUCGGACAGAUCGCAGAAGAACUGAGAGGAGAAGAUCUACACCAGUUCCACCGAGCGAUCACACCAGGGAUUCAGGAGUAUGUGGAGGCCGUGUCCUUCCAUCACUUCAUCCGACAUCGCACACUGAUCAGCCUGGAGGAGAUCAACGCCCGGCUGGUCUUCAUGAGGGAAAACAAGGCUGUAGAUGAGGUCACGUGUCCCGGUCCGUGCGUUCUGACCUUCCAGAUAACGCCGACCGAUUACCUGCUGGGCGUCGCGGACCUGACGGGCGAGCUGAUGCGCAUGUGCAUCAGCAGUGUGGGCAACGGAGACAUGGACACGCCGUUCCUCCUCAGCGGAUUCCUGAGGGAAAUCCACGACGGCUUCUCCUUCAUCGGGAACACGGGGCCCUACGAGGUGUCCAAGAAACUGCACACGCUUCGGCAGAGCCUGGGAAAGGUGGAGGACGCGUGCUACACCCUGCGCGUGCGCGGCUCGGAGAUUCCCAAGCACAUGCUAGCCGACGUCUUCUCCAGCAGGGCGGCGCACUUGGACCCGGAUGACGCAAUGCCGUGAGAUAUCGAGAUGCGAUGAGAUGGAUGUGCAUGUUGCACUAUAGACUGGGCAUAUUGUGAGAGUGUUUUUAGUUUAAGGACUCGUAUCUCUCUCUGUCAAUCUGUAUUUGUUUCAAUGGUUGCAUGUUGUUAUCAUGCCUUGUUCCUCAAUUUUGAGCUGUCAUCUUUCAUAUUGCUUGCAAGAUAAUUAUCUGUUGUUCCUUCAUUUCAACCUGACAGUUAUAAACAUGUUUAUCACGGUUGUCAAUAAAACUUGUUUUUCGUACAAACUCAA